CCUGACGCAGGAGCGCGUUCAAACACUCAACAGUAGUAGUGGGUUUAGCAGCGGCACAGUUAGCUUAGCUUAGUUGUUAGGUUUGUGUUGUAUCUUGGUGCAUUUCGCUGUAUUGUUAAGGGUUCAUUCUCAGGACAUAUUCUGAGUACACAGCGCUGAUUUAUGCUGAUGUUUCCUAUUCACAAUUCCUAGUGUAAAAGCGCUCAGGUUCUCUGGUUAAGAAGUUUGUUCAGUAGUUAUAUGAUUAGAAAUGCUUCCCUCGCCUGCAGUGUUUCAGUUUCCCUGGGAAAUUAACGCUGAUCAGGUGAAAGAUGGAGCCUCCAUGCGGACAUUUGGCAGACUUACAAGUUAUUUUCCGGCGGAAUCCAGAGCUGUUCUUACUUCCCAACACAUGUCUGUGCAGCACCAGGUGUUAGUACACACAGUGUUUGUCGAGCCCUUUAAUCCAAUAAUUGGGGCGCAAUAUAUCGCACUUGGAGAAAUUGACAAAGCAGAGGGGUGUGAUGAAGCUACUUUACGUGCUCGGGUCCUGAAUUGCGUGGAUGGAGUUAAUGUUGCGCUGCUGCAGAAAGCUAUAAAUGAACAGAGGAACUUUUUCAAGGAGCGGAACAACAAGGCUGGUUCACAGUAGCAACAGUUUUGUUUGAUGCUGUGAAAAACACAGAAGCUUAAAGGCUCCCCAGUGAUUCCACAGCCAUCAGUGAUCAAGAGCAGGAGGCUCAGGUGAACUUAUUUCCUCUAAGUUCGAAGAAUGGUCCACCACUUCACCCCUUAUCACUCAAUGCAAUUCUGGUCAGCACAGGUUUCUGUUUGUGUUCUCCUUCAAGCGUGUUGAGCUGUGUAGUGACCCUGUGUUUGUGGCUGAUUAAAAGAAAAAUGCAGUCACUAUUAAGUGGCUGACAGAACACACUCCCAGCACUGGUGUCGACGUGAAAUGGGAAUCCUGUUUUUUAAGAGAGAAAUGAAUCAAGAUGAAAGGAUCCAGUUUAAUAAUGUAUGGACAUGACCUCAUAAUUUGAUUCUAAAGUCAGUAUUGCUUGUUAUAUUUUUCUUAGCAAGAAAAGCCCAUUUGCAUGACCAAGACAGUAUGGUGACUCUUUAAAAACAGUGAAUUUAUUUUAUUUAUAUUUAAUAAUUUAGUAUAUUUAUAAAAAUGUAUACUCCCAAUUCCAAUAUCUGAAUAAUUUAAAAGGUCAUUGUUCUUUAAAAGGGUGUGAUUGCAUUGUUAUGCCUUUAUAUUGUCAUUAUAUUAGUACAAUAAAAUGGUCUUAAAAUGA